ACUAGACGUCUUCUUAGAGCCUUCAGCACAUUUGAGUCUGACAGGAAAGAUUAGAACAGUUUUCGAGCUGGUGUCUGACAAAACUAAAUUUAUUUCAGAAUUUAUACUCACUGAUGAUCCCACAGCAGGAAAAUGGCUGAAGCUGAAGUCCUUUACUCUGAUAUUAAGUUCAAAAGAGCGAGGGGAAACACAGAUGUGGCCACACCCUCAACGGAUGAACCCACUUAUUCCGAAGUCAAGACCUCAAAAGCUCAGCGACCUGCAGAGCUGCCUGCAUCAAACAGGCGAUCGGGGGUCACAUCGGAGCGAGUGGCUCUGCUGGUCCUCAGUGUUCUCCUGGCAGCUGCCGUCACAGCUCUUGUUGUAACCCUUUAUGAAAAUACUCAAACCAAGAAGAGUCUCCAAAAGAGUCUCCAAAAAUAUCAAGAUGAAGCAAAAAAUCUCACAGAGAGACUCAGUAAUAAAGAAUCGUGCAAAGUGGAGCAGCCAGGUAAACUUCCUUUGGUAAGAGAUAAAACAUGUCCGGGGUACAAGGACGGCUGGGAGCCACACGGAGAAAAGUGCUACUUCUUCUCCUUGGCUACUUCAUCCUGGACUCAGAGUAGAACACAAUGCAAAUCAAUGAGUGGAGACCUGGUUGUGAUAAACAACAGAGAGGAGCAGGAAUUCCUGGUGUCAAGACUGAUGGAAAAAAUGGUGGCUUAUGAGGACAAGUUCUGGAUCGGACUGACAGACUCAAAGAAAGAGAAUGAAUGGAUUUGGGUGGACGACACACAACUAGAUCCAAGGUUGACAUUUUGGCUUGGCAAAGAUCCAGACAACUGGACAAAUGAGAAUCCCGAUGGAGAGGACUGUGCAAGGAUGGGGGAGAAAGACGGAGACAAGGACCUGAAGACCUGGGUCGACAAAUCCUGCGAAUCGCUUCAAAAAUAUAUUUGUGAGAAACCAUAAAAAGCAUGAGUCUGAAAUCCAGUUGGAUCCGAUUGAGCUUGAGUCCUCAGCCACUUUCACAAACUGAGGCAUGAUGCUUAAUUAAUGAAGAUCUUCUCCAGACAUAAAACAACUUUGAAUAAUAUCUAGAGUCUCAUAUGUUCUUCAGUUUCCUUGUUAUUUUAAAGUGACGUCUACUCCUCCCUCAUAUAGAA